UCCAUGUCUUCCUACUGCCUGGUGAGAAUUUGAAGCUGCACCUGCAAAUUCUCCAGCGCAGUCAUCACUUAAAAGCUCUUAAUGCACUAAAUUGCGCAUGUAUAUUGGAUAUCGGACUAGCUGCAGAAAUGGACGCCCGAACUUCCCUCUGGGACUCAUUCAUUUGAGCUGUGAACGUAGCAGCUCAAUCGAUUGCUGGAGUUGAUCCAUUAUAGUGUUUGCAAAACUUAGUCUUGCCGCCUGCACAAUUUUUAUAGAAGUUCGCGCGUCAGUUGCGUUACAAUAGGAACAAAUAAUAUAUUUCAUGCAAUAACUUGGUAAAAUGGGUGCGUAUUUAUCAGAACCAGUUACUGAGAAGAUGUCUAGUGAUGAAGCAAAUGAUAAACUUGAAUGCGGUGCAAGCUCCAUGCAGGGUUGGCGUGUCAACCAAGAGGAUGCUCACAACACAAUUUUGGAUUUUGACGAGAACACUUCAAUGUUUGCUGUAUAUGAUGGUCACGGAGGCGCAGAAGUAGCUACAUAUUGUUCACAAAAUUUACCAAAUUUCAUUAAGAACACAGAGGCAUAUAAAAAUGGGGACAUGGUUAAAGCUUUAACAGAUGCCUUUCUUGGAUUUGAUGCAAGUAUUGCCACUAAAGAGGUUAUGGAUAUUUUAAAAGAACUAGCAGGUGAAAUUAACCCUCCAGGGCCUAGUGACAAUGAUGAAUCAGAAGAUGAAAAUAUUAGUAACCUAUACAAGGAGGCUAAACUACCACUACAGGAAGUUCUGGCUAAAUAUGAAAACAAACUGACAUCUCUGCAUCGAGCAAGACUAGGUGAUACAACAACACCACUGUCACCUUGCCUCCGUGCCAAGAAAAAUGCUGAAGAACCAGGAGGUUCGGGUGCUGGAGCAUCUAGUUCAAUUAUGGAAUUAGUAGAAGUAGCUGAAUCAAGCUCUGAGCAGAACACUGAUGAGGCUACAUCUAGUAGAAAUGGUUUAUCUUCAGAAGAAGAAAUUAAAAAAACUGAUGAUGACACUGGUGGAGUUUCUUCAACAAACUCUAAUGAUGACAAAGAAGUUAAUGGUGAAGUGUCCACAAGUGAUCAAAAUGACAAUGUUGAUAAAGCUAUAGCUAUGGAUUUAGAUAAGACAUCUAAUACACCGGAUAGUUCAGGAGAAAACUGCACACAGCCAGAACAAAGUGCAGAUUCCAAGAAAUCUGAUAAUGAUGCCAUAUCUGAAGUGUGUAAUGGAGAGGUUACUAACUCCAAAGUUGAUGUAGAAAAUAACAUAAGUUCGUCGAAUGGGUCAGCAACUCCCGCAAAAUCAGAUUCAGCUAAAGAUAAGGCUUCAUCUGUAUCAAGUUCAAACAAAGCAACUCCUGAAAAGCCUAAGAAAGCCAAACUUCGACGUGCUGCUGCAGCUGUUUAUGAAACUCUUUUAAGACAAGCUUCUGCAGACGAUGAUGAUGAUGAUGAAAGUGAUUCAAAUGAUGAAAACUUUGAGGGUGGGGAAGUAAAUUCCUCUGAUGAAGAAAAUGUUAAUGGUGUGGAAGAAUCUUCUAAUGAAAUUACUUUUGGAGGUGAACCAGAAGAAGAUGAAGAAGAAGAGUAUGAAGCUGAAUCAAGUGAUGAAGAAGGAGACUUCAGUAUGGCAGAAGAACCUGGAAAUGAUAGUGGCUGCACAGCAGUUGUAGCUCUUCUUAAAGGCAAUGAGUUAUAUGUGGCAAAUGCUGGUGACUCUCGUUGCAUAAUAUGUCGAGAGGGCAAAGCAAUCGACAUGUCAAUAGACCACAAACCAGAGGAUACACCAGAGUUAGACAGGAUUACAAAAGCAGGUGGCAAAGUAUCAAAUGAUGGGCGUAUUAAUGGUGGGUUAAAUUUGUCACGAGCUAUUGGAGACCAUUCUUACAAACAGAACAAAGACUUAGAUGCUAAAGAGCAAAUGAUAACGGCAUUACCUGAUGUGAAAACAUUAACAAUUGAAUCUGCAAAAGACCAGUUUAUGGUGUUAGCUUGUGAUGGGAUCUGGAACUACAUGUCUAGUCAAGAUGUUUGCAACUUUAUCCUUCCCAGAUUGGCUGAAGGUAGAGAGAGGCUAUCGCAAAUUUGUGAGGAGAUGUUUGAUCACUGUUUGGCACCAAGUACAAUAGGAGAUGGAACAGGAUGUGACAACAUGACUGCAAUUAUAGUGCGAUUUAAAGAUGGUGUUAUUGCUGACGUCGGACAAUAUACAAACAAUGUUGAGGGCUCGAAAAAACGCGCUGCUGACGAAAUUGAUGAUGAUCAACAGGAGACUAAGAGGCAAAAAAUUGAUGAUCCCUUAUCAAGUUCAGUAGUGACUUCAAGUGUUUAGAACUUACGAUUUGACUUAAGUAUACAGUGUUCAAGCUAUGCAGAGUAUAGUAUAUUGUUAGAGACAUUGCAAUGAUUUGCUACUGUAGUUUUAACAUACAGGUAGUCUUAACUUUCUACUAAACUUGAAGAAAUAGUUUUUCUUGUUAUGGAGUAAUUAAGAAUAAUUAUUUUUUCUGACUUAUUUUACUAAAUAAUACGAUUUUUUUCUUGAAAAUUCUGUGUACUUUAUAUUGAAUCAUGAUUUUUUUUUUUAUUUCUAAAAAUGUAUAAUUUUGAAUUGAUUUGAUUAAAACAUGUUGUUUAUGCUUUACUUGUAAAAAAAUCAAUUCGCUAAUUUUUCAUUAAUUCGUUUAGAUCUUGCGUCAAUAUCAUGAGUUGUAUUUUUAGUUUAAUUAUAUGUACCUAUUUAUAUGACAUUUUUUAAUAUACUUUUUGAAUUGGCCAUUUGAAAAUAAACUUUAAUUAUUAUUAAAAUACUGUGCUUCAUGUUUUGUAAAAGACAAUUGACUAUUAUUAUUGUAUUUUUUUAAAUAUUUGAUACCACUGGGAGACUAAAACAGCUUGAGUAAUAAAAUAUUAUAGAACUGACUUAAUGAUGAUAGAAUAUAAGAAAGUAAGUAAUGGUGUUAGUUAUAAGAUUUAUUUUUGAGUUAAAGAAGGAAUAUGAAUAUCAUGUUUUGUUUUCUUGUUUGGUGGGUGAGGCACAAACUGGGCUAAUUGAAAUGAAUACAUUUAUUACAAAUGAUAAUAAAAAAAAUUCAGUAUAAUUUAGAAAAGAAUAAUUAACUUUAAUGAAAUUUUCAAUCAAGGUACUGUUGUUCUAACUUGCACCUAAAAUACAUUUCAUGAAGAAAGAAAACAUUAGUUCUAAGUGUAGUAGUCAACUUACUAUUGUCAUUAAAUUGCAAUAACUUUCAAGACUACUUUUUAGGUGUUGGUUACAACUCAUGUGACAUUGUUAUUGGCAUGUUCCUACAUUAUAAUUAUUUUAAAAUAAAAUGUUGUGAAUCAAGGGAGUAAAUGUAUAUUUUUAA